CUCGCAACAUAGCAACGUCUCACCGUGCGGGCAUGUGAUUCGCUAUUGUCACUAUUACAAACCCCCUGAUUGGCUGGAUUAUUAACCUAGGAAACGGGAAACUCGAAGUGUGCGAGUGUUUGCCUGACAGCUCUCAAGGUAAAGGAUGGUCGUCACCUGAACAACAAGUGGGAAGAAAGGGAAGCAAUCGCAAUCUUUUAACAUCACCGAAGCACACUGCUAUUUUUAAGGAGAAAUCCAUCAUGGGUUGCUUCUUCUCAAAGAAAUCCAAGAGAAAAGCAAAAGAGGAGCAGACUCCGACGGCUUUGGAGUCGAACGCGGGCAGCAACAGCGUUCCCCUUGGCAGUAGCAGCGACGAGGCUCCCAAGCAGUACAGCUGGGAUACACGCGAGAAGGUUGACCCUAAGGACUACAUGCUGAACGGUCUCAAGGACACCACGGUGGGCCGGCUGCCCGGCACGCUGAAGGGCCAGCAGCUGGUCAUCCAGGACUGCGAGAACUGCAACAUCUUCGUGUUCGACCACUCGGCCACUAUCACGGUCGACGACUGCGUCAACUGCCGCAUCUUCCUGGGCCCCGUCAAGGGCAGCGUGUUCUUCCGUGACUGCAAGGACGUGCACUGCGUGGUGGCGUGCCAGCAGUUCCGCACGCGCGACUGCAAGAAGAUGGAGGUGUUCCUGUGCUGCGCCACGCAGCCCAUCAUCGAGUCUUCCACGGGGAUGCGCUUCGGCUGCUUCCAGUUCUACUACCCCGAGCUGGCCUUCCACUUCAAGGACGCGGGCCUCAGCAUCUUCAACAACAACUGGAGCAACGUGCACGACUUCACCCCCGUGUCGGGCGAGAACAACUGGAGCCUGCUGGCGGAGACGGCGGCGGUGCUGGACUCGGUGCCGCCGCCCGGGCCGGAGUCUGAGUUCAAGGCGGUGCGCGUGUCGGGGGACGCGUCGCGCAGCAUCGUGCCGCUGACCAGGGGCGGGCGCCGGAAGGACAGCGAGGAGUCCUGCCUCUUUGUGUUCUUUGCGGGAGACUACACGACCGCCAACGCUCGCAAACUCAUCGACGCGAUGAUUGAGAAAGGCUUCCUGUUAAUCCAGACCAAGGAGGUGGCCAUGAGGCCUGAAGACGUGAAGAGGGUUUUCCAGAACGACACCGCUGACCAGCUGGAGUGGAGCACCAAAGGUUCCGUAACUGCGCUGGAGUUGAAUGGAGACGGGGUGGUGGAUGCCUGCAGGACGAUCGCUAUCGAGGUCUUCAAUGGAUCCAAGGUGUUUGUUUCGGAAAACAAGAGUACUUCUUCACGGGACGUUGACAACUUCUUCAAUUUUGCCGACAUGCAGAUGGGCUUGUGAGUGUGAUGCGUCGAACAAAUUGCACAUCGAACAUUUGAAUGAUUUUCUGUAGAAAGCCCAAAUGGCUGGUACGGAAGGUUAGAAUUAGGAUUAACUUUCCGUGUCUGCUGUGUAAAGAUUCUUCAGAAUGGGAAUAUAAUAUAAAAAUUGAAGAUGCUCCCUGAAAUAUUUUUUUAUAAGAUUCGAACCUCUGGUAAUAGUCUUUGAAGAUAGGUUUGAUAAGGGAAAAGCUUUGGAGAUUAAUGCACAAUUUUUGCAUUAAACAAACUGGUACCCCCCCCAUUUGCUGUAAACCACUGUCCGCAUUGUAGUCAAAUAAUGUGAAUAUUUUAAAUGAAUGUAUUUGAUACUUUUUUUUUUUAUCCACUAUGUGAAUGUAAGUUUUAUUGUAGGCUUUUAAUUUUAAUCGUUCUGUUGACUGAAAAGAAAAAAUGAAAAUACUGCAGUGAUAAUAUACACAGAGACAGCCAAGAGGGAAAGUAUUUAAUAUAAAACAUUCAGUUUUCUUAAAAGAAUUGCAGGUUUAGGGAUGUUUGUUUAGAUUUUGUAUUUGCUUAGCAGUUCACAUGUUUAGUUGAAACUGUGGUUGCAAAGGGCCAUUUGAAUAAUGGGCCCUGUAUGUAUUUAUAUUAAGGUCUGUUUAAGUUUUUGUUUAGAGACUAAAGGGUACCGAUAACAUGUUAUAGAUUUUGCUGGGAUGCUAGCGUAGGCAAUUCAUGUAGCCUAAAGUUUUAUACUCUAAAAUGAAUGUUUUGUAAGGUAAACAAAUGUGUUGUUCACAAGUCUUUUUGGUAAAAAAAAUUGUCGUACAACGUCAUGCAUUUUGUUUCCAGUAUUUUUAAUUUCUCAUUAGGCGACAAUCCAAAUGUCCAUUUACGAGCUACGUUAAGACAUUAUCUUCAGUUCACAAGAGGAAAGAGAUGCGAGAGUGACAAUGUUCCAGACCAUAUCGUCAAGAUUCAAUGUCAUGUUACUCUGCUAAGCAGCAUAUUGUUACUAGCUUCCUGUGUGAUGGGCAUAGUGUCUUAAUGAUUUGGAGAAGUAAGAAGUGUAUUCCAAUAACCUUUGUUUAUGUCUUUAUGCUGUAACUUUAAGGGUCCCAAAUAGCAAAGCGUGCUUGGACACCCAACCUGCCAAUAGCUUCAUCACAUAUUCCACUAGCUGUACAAAUUUACUUGGAUCUGUGAAAAUACAAAAUAGUUACAUCGAUUUUUUUAAGAUGCUGACUGCAUAAGGAAGAGUUAAAAGAGUUCUUGCUCAACAAGUGCUUGUUAUAGUUAAGUGUUUUCUGCCUUUCUAAAGAAUCCAACCACCUUAUAAACAAGAUUUAACAGUGCAUCAAUAAAAGGUUAACUUGAAUAAGGUAUGCUAUACAUUUGUGCAUGUGUAGAGUAUGAUGUACAUUUGUACUUACUAAUAGUAAAAUGUACAAA